AUGUCCACCUCGUCGCGCAACCAGAGCUCCUCCCCCGAUAUCCUGGGUCCCCCAGGCGAUGCCGAAUAUUUGAUCUCAUCACCGAUUAAACCUUUUGCCGGGCGCCAAAGCUGGAUGUCUCCUAUGGUUGGCAAAGCACGAACUCCGGCCAAGCGACCGCGACCGCGAUCGCGCGUCAGUCUCAGUCCCGCGAAAAGCGCACAUUCAAUUCAAUUCAACGAUGUGAUACUUCCUGGAUCGCCGACAAUGAAACUUAAUGGUGGUCGGCAGAGAUCGCUCUCUCCGGAGAAACUACAGCAGGAGGGAAAUGUGAGCCCAUGGCGCAUUCGACUCACGCUCGAGGCAACACAGGACGAGGAUGAGAACCGGGGUAGCCCGUCGCGCAAGCGAUUAAAACCCUCGACGACGACAGUGAUGGUACCAUUAAAGGAUGAGCGGAGCCCAUUGAAAGAGAAGACACCAGUGAAGCGGCGAGGGCGUCCACGGAAGUCGGACAUGGAUAUGUCCCCGUUUCCUGGGGGCCCGGGCAAUACGCCUGGGCCGGGACAUACACCUGGACCGGGACAUACUCCUGGGCCACGAACUGUCAACUCGCAGCCAGGCAGGAGAGGCCGACAGCGCGGCACGCCCAUACCCAGACAACAGGAUUUCGAACUGUUGGAAGACCAAGAAACGCCGACCGUGGAAUAUGGCCAACCCUUUAGUCCGAUGGAUAUCGUUCCCAACAGUGAUGUCCGCCCAACACAACAUUCAAGUCCGAUGGACGCCAGGUUCAGCGAAACUGGUCUACAUCAACCCCAAUAUAGUCCUAUGGACACUACGGCAAGUGAGGCUGGCAUGGGGCGCGACCAAUUCAGCCCAGGGGACCCAAUCACCAGUGACCGGAGCCCAGAACGAGAACAGUUUAGCCCAACAGACUCUUUUGCUGGGAGCAAUGCACACGCUAGUCCGCUUGAUCUCGUAGGAGAUGGGGGCUCUGAAGAUAGCGACUCCUGGGGAAACUCUGAAAUGUCCAUUGCGGACCUUCGUGAUCCAACAGAGCCCAUCACAGAGAAGGUCAACAAUGCUCGCCCUGAAUACGGCCGAACCAGCUUAGACACACCCGUGAUUGGAGCUACUGAACAUCACUUUUUGGACGAAAACAUUCACUCUACUCCUUCUAAGAUGCCAUCACCUACGCGAGAGAGAUCAAGAUCAAUCUUGUCAUCGAGAGCUUCUCACAACGGGACUAGCCCACAAUCACGCACAUAUCCGACUCCAACCCCAACUUCCUCGCUGGCCGAGGAAGAAAACCAAGCCCGACAACCUGGCGCGAGUCUGAAUACGGAGACCGAUACUCAACAUGCCGAGGGCCACGAUGUUGAAGCUGACGAUGAUGACCACGAAGAAUUCGAUACUAUCAUGGAAAGUGAAGGGUUCACUAUGAUUUCCCUCGAUACACUUCCGUCAGCCAAGCAGCAUGGAUUUGGCUCCAGCGCCAUGACCAACGGCAGUUCAAAGCCAAAGGAAGUCGGAGAACGGCUGAAACGCAAGCUUCCGGGGACUAUAGAAGACCUUCGAAGCGAUUCCCGUGCUCAAAAAUCAUCCAGCCCGGUCACAACAGGUCUGGGUCCUGGAUCAUACGGAAAACCUAGCAUUCAUGUUCCAGAUAGUCACAUUGAAAAUUCACCUGCGAUACAAUCUGUGAACUAUGUGAAUGAAAUCGAAUACCCUGAGCUUCCUGCCGCAUCGUCCUCUAUCAAGUCACCAAUUCACCCCAAGAAAAGGACCUUUACGAGUCUGGCUAAGCUUGUUCGUCUUGGCCUCGCCCUGCAGGGUCCUUUCCGACCACAAGAAGACGAAUGGUCAGGCAAUACAAAUGCCGGUCGCAAACGACGUCGCCUGGAGAGACUUUUUAGCACGUUCGACCGUGACACGCAGCGAGAAUUACGAGCUGCUAUGGGGCUAGGUCAGGAGCUUGCUAUGCGGCGGAUGGUCGCUGAAGAAGAAGAGGCCGCGGCUCUGGCAGCGGAGCGGGAAGCUUCUCGUCUUGAGAGGAAACGCCUCGAAGCUGAAGAAGAAGAGGCCGCGGUUCUGGCAGCGGAGCGGGCAGCGGAGCAUGAAGCAUCCCGUCGUGAGAGGAAACGCCUCGAAGCUGAAGAAGAAGAGGCCGCGGCUCGGGCAGCGGAGCGUGAAGCAUCUCGCCUGGAGAGGAAGCGCAUCGAAGCCGAAGAAGAAGAAGCCGCGGCUCGGGCAGCAGAGCGUGAAGCAUCUCGUCGUGAGAGGAAACGCCUCGAAGCCGAACAAGAGGAAGCCGCGGCUAGGGCAGCAGAGCGCGAAGCUUCUCGUCUGGAGAGAAAACGCAUCGAAGCCGAACAAGAACAGGCCGCGGCCGUGGAAGCAGAGCGCGAAGCAUUUCGGCUUGAAAGGGCACGCUUCCAAGCCGAACAACGAGACCAAGCAAAAGCUCAUGAUGAUGAAUUCAUUGACGAGGAUUUGGAGGAGAACCAGAAUCAGCCCUUCAGGGACGAUAUGGGAGAGGAAGAAGACUAUCCCCAACUGUCGCGUUCUAGGCCCAAUCAUCUGGAACAGCAAAGUCCGAUGUCACAUCAGAAGGAACAGGAGGCACAGUGGCAGCUAGAUCGUGAAGCCGUUAGCCGUGAGGCGCAGAUGGCUUCGCAUUCGCGAUCCGUUGUCUACAUUGAUAGUGAUGAAAACGAGCCCGCGGAUUAUAAUCAGAUGGGACAUCACCGUGAUGAUCACGCUGAACCUGAAAGGGAGAUUGCAUCUGCCGAAGACUUCUAUGAGGACGGGCAUGAGCAUGGGCCAGAGCAGACGCCAUAUGUGGCUCAAGCCGAUACGACCGAGCCUGUGCCCGCCACCUUGGAGGAUGAGGAUGCGGACGAUGGCUAUGAUGACAUAUGGCAGCUCGAGGCCAAUGAUCACAGCCAUGUCUCACAACAUCGUGAGGAAGACGACAUCCAGUCACCCCCACAGCCGAGCGCUACUCUGGGCAAUUAUUCUGCACGUUCCACAGAUGGAGAUGCCCUGAGCUCUUCUCCUUAUGUUGCUUCAGAGCCUGAGUAUGUGGCACAGUUCGGACCGUCCAAAGUUCGCGAGCUCCGGGAACAAAAAGUGGAUUUGUCUGCUUUGCUCGCGGAAGAGGACACACCAAAUCGCGCACGGUAUUUCAAUGGAACGAGUACGCCUCGGAGUGUGUUAAGCCGCCCAUCUACGAGCCAGCGCUCAUCGGCCAACAAUUCGAUGCUGAAAGGGCCGGUGUCGCGUACUCCAGCGCGUGUUCGUCUGCAGCCUCUUUCCCAGUCCAGCCCUGAUACUUCCGGCGCAAACGUUACCAGUCCAAAGGUCGCCAGCCCACAGUUUGCCAAGCUAGGUGGGAUGAGAUCCCCAAAGCAAAUGCAAAGAAGCCCGUUUGUGGAAGAAACAUUCGAAGAAGAGCCCGACCACAGUUACGCUUCUGGUGGGCACAGUCGACCGGAGUCAGCCAACCGGGAGUCCGCCUCCACUCCAGUGCCUCGUCAGCCCCAUAAGGAGCCAGGGUCAUCAUGGUUCCACAAAAUAACCAGUUUCACCCCGCAAUGGCUGAAAGCCCCCACGCGUGAGCGCAGCUCAAGUGUCAGUACUGUUCCGGAAGAGCCAUCUGACUUUGAAGACGAAGGAGAAUUGGACGAUAUUGAAUCUGCAAAGGAGCUUCACGGUCAUCUUGAAGAUGAACCACGAUCAAAGGAAGCGAGCCAAUCACUUGCGCAUCAUUGGCAACAGUCUAUGUCUCCCGAGAUGCAGCAAGAUCCCCUUCCUUCAACGGAGGAGGAAGAGCCAAUUCAGGAGAGAAGCGUGUCUCGAGACCGCUCCGUAGAGGAGCAGUCGGUUUCUGAGCGGAAUGUCUCCCAUGACCUCUCAGAAACCAACGAUGCGGAGCCAGUGAAUGAUCAGGCUGGAGUGCCUCGUGGGCCCAGACCACUUGCCCUCUUCGGAUACUUCUCCAACGAGCAUUACGCCGCGCUUCGGCGCAUCUACCGAAUUGCCAAGCGACACCCUGAGCAGUUUGAAUACCGCGACUCCCCAGGGCGGGCAGCCAUUAUUGGUGAUUGGAUAUGGACGUCUGAUGGUCAUCACGGGGUCCCCAUCACCGAGAUUCAAUUUGCCAUCAUUGAUCGCUUUGCGCAGGAGCUUUCUCGGGCUGAUGUCCAAUAUGGUGGCAGUGGGAAGAUCGAUUGGACAGAAGCUUAUUUACAUCGGAGACUCAUUAGCAUCAUUAUUGGCGAGCAGAUCCGAGAGGAACGAAAGGCCAAGGCCAACCGGGGGACUUCUGUGGAUACAUGGCGAUAA